AAAGACAUUCUCAAUUAUAAUUAUUACAAUCAUUAUUGUUCACAUUUUCACCCAUGAUUAAAUCAGUACUCAUUUUUAAUAAUCAUGGCAACCCACGGUUGACAAAGUUUUACCAACCAAUUGACAUUGCAAUGCAGCAAGCGCUCAUCAAAGAGAUUUUUGGUCUCAUCUCAAAACGUCCCGAUACAGUCUGUAACUUCUUGGAAGGCAGUCAAAUGUUAGGAGGUCAAGAUACACGAGUCAUUUAUCGCCAUUACGCCACAUUAUAUUUUGUCUUUGUUGUGGAUGAAUCAGAAAGUGAACUUGGUAUCUUGGAUUUGAUCCAGGUCUUUGUCGAGAGCUUGGACAGAUGUUUUGAGAAUGUUUGCGAACUGGACUUGAUCUUUCAUUUCAAGGAAGUACACGAUAUUUUGGCCGAAGUUAUUACAGGAGGCAUGGUAUUGGAAACAGAUAUUGGAGAGAUUGUAUCAGCAGUGCAGGAAGCCGGGAGACUGAUAAAAAAGCCAACAGGUCUUUUAUCACAAAAAUCGCCAUUUUAAAAUAAGAUAAACCAUGAGAAAGCGCAUGUAAUAUAAUACGAUCAUGUAGAAUAAUAAAAAUAAAAUUAAAUAUUUUUUAUGGAC